UUUGCUCUGAGGGAGCAGCUCGUGUACAUCCUUAAACUGGAUGUUUUGAAAUGGAACUUAAAUCUUUCUUAUUGGCUGUUUUUGUGAUAUAUUCAAGUCAAAUUCAAGGGUCCAGUGCUGUGACUGAUGUGUUUGUGAAGAGAGGAGAUGAUGUACUUCUGGAAGUCAUGGAUGAUGUUCCAAAGGAAUUUCUGGUUCUUGUUUGGAAAUUUAAUACAAGCAAUGUUUUAGUAGGAUAUUCACCUGGUGGAGAACCAAGAGUCUCUACAAAUUACACUGGAAGGGUUGAGUUCUCUGUGGGAAAUUACUCAGUGAAAUUAAAGAAUCUACAAGAUGACGACAGUGGAGUUUAUACAGCACGAGUGACAGGAGAUAAAGAACAAACAAUAGCUGAAUACAUGGUCACAGUUCAAGGUCCAGUGUCUCCAGUUGAUCUGAAUCCAGACUCUGUGUCCAUCAGCUCAGACUCCUGUAACCUCACUGUGACCUGCAGCACAGAGGACUCACACAUCAGCAGCACUUUCACAUGUGACAAUCAAACCUGCUCUCAGGAGGGAGGAGACCAAUCAAAGGUCACCAACUCUGGUGCUUCCCUCCGUGUCCACCUGUUGAAUGAUACAAUCAUCUGUAACCAUAGCAACCAAGUCAGCUGGAUGGAAAACAAGACACAGAUUCAGGAUCUCUGUCCCCUACAUGCUGGGUCUAAUAUCACCAUUGUGAUAGCUGUGAUAGCUGUGAUAGCUGGUGUCAUUAUUAUGCUUCUUAGAUGUUAUUUCCUUCGUAAGAGAGGAAAAUGUGACAGAAAGACCAUAAAAAAUCCAUUGUAUGGACGUUCUGUGCGUUCAGCAGAUGGUGAUUCAGCUAAUAAUCCAACCUCCACCUACUGCUUGGUAGGGCAAAAUACUGCACCCAGAGGAUCCACUGAGACUAAAACCAACAAUCAGCCAGAGAGUCUCUAUGCAAUGAUAUGAAAGGCUGCCAAGUCCUGAGAGAAACAGGAGAAACAGAAACAGGACAGGACAUACUGUAAAUAUUGUAUAUCAUUGUUAACACAACCCUGUUAACUGGUCCUGACAUGAUCUGGGCUUCACAGUGUUGUACAAACAGUAGAAAUUAAAGUUAGACUGAUGCAUAAAACCAAAGUUAAGUGUAACAAACAGGAUCAUCACUGCAGUGAGGACCUUUUAACAUACUUUCCAAAAUGCAAAAACAAUAUGUUGUGUUGACAACAAUGGACAAAAUGAUUGUUCCACUUUGUGCACAAAAGAGUUUACAGCACAUGGAUGUGGGUUUGAAUGAACAUAUCACAUUUGAUAUUUUAUGUAUUUUGCUUUUUAUAUUAUCUAAGAUACUUGAAGUGAAGCUCAAAGUUGAGGUUACUGCUACUUAUAUUUAUAUAUAAAUUAUAUUUAAACUAAAAAUUAUGUUGUGAUUUGUAGGCAGAUUUUAAUGUGCAGUUGUAUUAAAAUCUAUUAAAUGAAUAGUUCCACUUAGAAUUCAAGCACGAACCUCAUAAACUUCAGAUAUCUGUUAGAAUGAAAUAAUGUGUUGUGUUAAAAAUGAUGAUCCUGAAUUGUACAGAAAUGAUUUUAUAGUAAAUGAAUGUGGGCUUGAGGCCAAUGCACUGUAAAAUAGCAGUAUGCUGCAGUAUUUACAUUUCAUGUUUUACAUAUUUUCAUUGUAUUUAAGAUAUUUAGUGUUUGUGUGUGUCAGUUUAUUUCACAGCUAAUUCUACUGCUACAAAAGAACAUAUAGGACACGGAACAGAUCAGUCAGUAGCCUGCAGUUUUGCACAAAUUUUAUGUCGAAGGAUGAAUUGAUUUAUGCUGUGUUUGGAUUCCAGAGGAAGGAUUUCAUUAGUUAGAGAUUGUAUCAUGUACUUCCAUGGAAAUCUAUAUAGAUAGAUAGAUAGAUAGAUAGAUAGAUAGAUAGAUAGAUAGAUAGAUAGAUAGAUAGAUCUCACAUUUCAUAUAUUUCAUCUUUUCAUAUUAUUUAAUAGUAUUUAAGAUAAUAAUGAUUAUUUGUUCAGCGUUCAAUUGCUUUGGUCUUCCAGGUACACAAACAACAAUAGUUACAGUAACCACCAUAAAACCGUUUAUUUAAUAUUACUUUUUGUGACUGAUGGGAAUGGGAGAGACAGUGAUAGGUUGUUGAUGCCUGUUUUGUUUUUUCAGAGUUUUUCUGUGUUCAGAGUGAAGCAUAUGGGAAAAAAUAAAAACAAAUACACUGAAUGAA